AUGGCUCGUACGAGGGGCAAAAGUCCCCAACCGCCAGUCAAGGCCGCGACGCCUGUGACCGAGAAACAGCAGCCCAUCGCAGCUCCUCAGCAGCAGCAACCCACUGCUGUCACCACCAAGUCCAAGAACAAGUCUAAGAACAAGGUUACCUCGUACCAAUCUGAGGGCGUCGAGGACAACGAUGUCUUUCUUCUCCCCGUUUCCGACUACUGGGUAGUACUCGCCCUCAUGGUCCUUGCUACUGCCGUCCGUGUCUACAAGAUUUAUCAACCUACAAGCGUUGUCUUCGAUGAAGUCCACUUUGGCGGUUUCGCUACCAAGUACAUCAAGGGCAAGUUCUUUAUGGAUGUCCACCCUCCCCUAGCCAAGAUGCUCAUUGCUCUCACCGGAUGGCUGGCUGGUUUCGACGGCAGCUUCGAUUUUAAGGAGAUUGGCAAGGACUAUAUUGAACCUGGCGUCCCCUACGUCGCCAUGCGAAUGUUUCCUGCUAUCUGCGGUAUUCUUCUGAUUCCUUGCAUGUUCUUCACACUCAAAGCUGUUGGAUGCCGCACUAUGACUGCUGCUAUGGGUGCGGGCCUGAUUAUCUUUGAGAACGGCCUUCUUACUCAGGCUCGUCUGAUUCUUCUUGAUUCCCCUCUCGUCGCCGCGACCGCUUUCACAGUCCUUGCCUUUUCGUGCUUCACUAACCAGCACGAGCUUGGUCCUUCCAAGGCUUUCCAGCUGAGCUGGUGGUUCUGGCUUGUCCUUACAGGUCUCGGCCUGGGUAUUACUGUGAGCAUCAAGUGGGUUGGACUCUUCACCAUUGCUUGGGUUGGCUCCCUCACUCUCAUCCAGCUCUGGGUUCUUCUCGGCGACAACAAGAACGUGUCCAUGCGUCUUUUCGGCAAGCACUUCAUGGCUCGAGUAUUCUGUCUGAUUAUCAUUCCUCUCACUUUCUACAUGGCUAUGUUCGCCAUUCACUUCGUUUGUCUUCAGAAUCCUGGAGAUGGCGAUGGCUUCAUGAGUUCCGAGUUCCAGGCCACUCUCAACAACAAGCGAAUGAAGGAUGUCCCCGCCGAUGUCAUGAUGGGUAGCCGUGUCACUAUCCGCCAUGUCAACACCCAGGGUGGUUACCUUCAUUCUCACCCGCUUAUGUACCCCACCGGCAGUAAGCAGCAACAAAUUACACUCUAUCCUCACAAGGAUGACAACAAUGUCUGGCUUCUUGAGAACCAGACUCAACCCCUUGGAGUUGACGGCCAGCCCAUCAACGGUACCAAGGCCUGGGAUGCCCUUCCCGAGCCUGUCCACAUCAAAGAUGGUGCCGUUCUUCGUCUUUACCACAGCCCUACCCACCGCCGUCUGCAUUCUCACGACGUUCGCGCCCCUAUCACUGAGGCUGACUGGCAAAAUGAAGUUUCCGCCUAUGGUUAUGAAGGAUUUGAGGGUGAUGCUAACGAUCUCUUCCGAGUCGAGAUUGUCAAGAAGAAGACUCGGGGUGCUGUUGCCAAGGAGCGUCUCCGAACCAUUGAGAGCAAGUUUCGCCUUGUUCACGUCAUGACUGGCUGCGUCCUAUUCUCUCACAAGGUCAAGCUUCCUGAUUGGGCUUCAGAGCAGCAGGAAGUUACUUGCGCCCGUGGCGGCACUCUUCCCAACAGUUUGUGGUAUAUUGAGGGCAACAGUCACCCUCAACUGCAAGGUGAUGUUGAGAAGGUCAACUACCGAAACCCUGGUUUCUUCGGCAAGUUCUGGGAGCUUCAGAAGGUCAUGUGGCGAACUAACGCUGGCCUCACUGAUUCCCACGCAUGGGAUUCCCGCCCUGAGUCCUGGCCUAUCCUCCGCCGCGGUAUCAAUUUCUGGGGUCGCCAACACACUCAGGUUUACCUCCUUGGCAACCCCAUCAUCUGGUGGUCUUCCAGCGUCGCUGUUGCCAUCUGGAUUGUCUUCAAGGCCAUUGCCGUCCUCCGCUGGCAACGCAGUUGCAACGACUACGCCAAUACUACUUUCAAGCGUUUUGAUUAUGAAAUUGGUACUUCGGUUCUUGGCUGGGCUUUGCAUUACUUCCCUUUCUACUUGAUGAAGCGUCAACUAUUCCUCCAUCACUACUUCCCCGCGCUAUACUUCGCUGUCAUCGCUUUGUGCCAACUCUUUGACUACGCCACUGCUCGCGUCCCCGGUGUUGGUGCUCGCGAGACAUCUGUCAUCAACCGCAUUGCUACUGUCUCAUUCCUUGUUCUGUCGGCUGCCGUCUUCACUCUUUAUUCUCCUCUUGCCUAUGGCAGCCCUUGGACUAAGGCUGACUGCAAGCGAGUCAAGCUUUUUACCACCUGGGAUUUUGACUGUAACACUUUUUACGACAGCUACGAUAAGUACAGCGAAAUCCCGUCAAUCAGCUCAUCUGUGGUCCCAACAACCCCAGCAGCCAAGAAGGAAGAGCUCAAGAAUGAGGUUCCUGUUGUUCAGCAGCAGGAGGAAGCUGUCAUUUCCGGAGCCCCUCCCGCUCCUGACCAGCAUGUAGAGCAUCGUGUUGUAGCUAAGGAGGAAAAGGUUGAGUAUCGCGACCAGGAUGGCAACCUUCUUGACCCAGAGGAGGUGAAGGCCCUCGAGGGUAAGGUUGAGUUCAAGACCAAGUAUGAAACAAAGACGCGUGUUGUUGAUGAGCAGGGCAACGAAGUUCAGGAGCCCGCCGAGGGUUGGGAUCAAAACCUCGAUGCCGGUGUUGCCCCUCCUCACCCUGAUGUUGAAGGCGUCGACAGCGAGACUGUCAAAGCCAAUGUCGAAGAUGCUGCCGCUCCUCAGGAUGCUGCCGCCAGUAAGGAUGGCGAGAAGGAGGCUGAGGAGGCUAAGGCCAAGCCUGCCAGCGAGAAUCAACAGGACGCUACCGUCAAUGAUGAGCUUUAG